AUGUCUGCGACUACUGCUGCUCCUACUACAUCAAUGGAGACCUCCCGCAUUUUCGUGAGAGGGCUCCCGCCGAAGAUUACCGAGGCCGACUUUCGACAGCACUUCUCGGCUGGAGGUCGGGAGGUGACGGACGUCAAGGUCAUCCCCCUGAGAAGAAUUGGUUAUGUUGGAUACAAGACCCCCGAAGUUGCUGCCAAGGCGGUCAAAUACUUCAACAGAUCCUACAUCCGCAUGUCGAGGAUUAAUGUCGAACUCGCAAGGCCGAUUGCUGAUCCCGCCCCCCAGCACACAAAUGGGAGUACCGGACAGACGUAUGUGGCCACGUCAUCAGGCUCGGCCGCGCCUCAGCCGUCCAGUAUUGAGGAGAAGGACGCGAAGAAGAAACGCAAGCGAGAGGACUUGGACGAGUCGGACCCAAAGCUCCGCGAGUUCUUGCAAGUCAUGGGACCUAGCAAGAACGCAGCGAAUGAGAUGUCGGAUGUCAUGGAUCCUGUUGCUGUCAAGGAGCAGAAAAAGCUGCUUCAAGAUGGCGAGAGUGACGAUGAGUAUGAGGCCAUUCCGUCUCGGCCUGAGAAACGGCAGAUGAGGGAGGCGCCAAAGGGAGAGCAGCGUACGGAGCCCAUGCCAGAAAAGGACGAGGCUAUGUCUGACGCUGCUCCGGCCCCUGAGUCCAUGGAAGAUGUGCCUCAGGAACAAGCCUCUGCUGCUCCCAUCAACACGGUCACAACAGAUGACGAUUGGCUUCGUUCAAGGACGAACCGGUUGUUGGACCUGGUGGAUGUCGGUGAGGCGGUCCAGCCUCCUGUCCAACAAAACAGCGGAGAGACAGCCGGAAGUGCAUCCGCGGGACAACGAGAGGUAUCCGCGGAGGUAACCGAGCUACCUAAGGCUGAGACCAAGGGCGGAACCAUGGUCGAUAACGCCUUGGCCCCUAUUGAGAGCGUUGAGGAAAACGGCACCCUCGCCACCAUCAAAAGAAGCUCCAGGCUGUUCGUGCGAAACCUACCCUUCAGUGCCAACGAGGAGGAUCUGCGGGCGCACUUUGAACAUUACGGAGAACUUCAAGAGGUACACUUGCCAGUCACUGUCGGAGGCGCAAGCAAGGGCUUCGCCAUGGUGCAGUUCACGAAUGCAGAGUCGGCCGUCGCCGCAUUCCAGUCGACGGAUGGUCAGACCUUCCAAGGGCGACUUCUGCACGUCUUGCCCGCUGAGGUAAAGCGCGAUGCUGGGCUGGACGAGUUUGCAAUUUCAAAGUUGCCCUUGAAAAAGCAGAACCUGAUCCGCAAGAAGGCGGAGGCCGCGUCUAGCACGUUCAACUGGAAUUCUCUGUACAUGAGCCAGGACGCCGUCAACGCCUCCGUGGCAAACCGGCUGGGUGUGUCUAAAUCGGAGCUUCUUGAUCCCACGUCGGCAGACGCUGGUGUCAAGCAGGCCAUCGCCGAGACGUCGAUCAUUCAGGAAACUAAGGCGUACUUUGUGUCGAACGGUGUGGAUCUCGAUGCCUUUAAGUCCCAGAAGCGGGGCGACACGACUAUUCUGGUCAAGAAUUUCCCUUUCGGCACGACGAUGGAGGAGCUGAGAACCAUGUUUGAAGAGCACGGCACCGUUCUGAGGGUGCUGAUGCCACCUAGUGGCACCAUUGCCAUUAUCGACUUUGCGCAGCCAGCGCAUGCGAAGGCGGCGUUCGCCAAGCUUGCGUAUAGGCGCAUCAAGGACACAGUGCUGUUUCUCGAGAAGGCUCCCAGGGACCUUUUCAAGAAUGAUGCCUCUGUAUCCAUGACGCAGGGCAAGGAGGAUCGGCCUGCCGGUGUUCAGAAGCUCAGUGUCACGGAGCUAUUGGGCCGGGACGAGCAGGGCGAGACUGAUGUGGUUACGACGUCGCUGUUCGUAAGAAAUCUCAACUUCUCCACGACGACAGAGAAGUUGGCAGAGACGUUCAAACCGUUGGACGGCUUCGUCUCGGCAAGGGUGAAGACCAAGAUGGACCCUAAGAAGCCCGGACAGGUACUGAGUAUGGGAUUCGGGUUCGUCGUCUUUAAGACCAAGGAACAGGCACAGGCGGCUCUCCAGGCCAUGGAUGGGUUCGUGCUAGAGGGCCACACGCUUGCCGUCAAGGCUUCGCACAAGGGCCAGGAUGCCGCAGAGGAACGCAGGCGGGAAGACAAGGCCCGCAAGGCGGCGGGGCAGCGGACGAAGAUUGUCAUUAAGAACUUGCCCUUCGAAGUGACAAAGAAGGACAUUCGCACCCUCUUCGGCACCUACGGUCAGCUCAGGGCGGUGCGUCUGCCCAAGAAGUUUGGCAAUACGACGAGAGGUUUUGCCUUUGCCGAGUUUGUCGCACCCAGGGAGGCGGAAAACGCACUCAACGCGUUGCGAGACACCCACUUGCUAGGCCGCAGGCUGGUUCUAGACUACGCAGAGGCCGAGGCGGUCGACGCAGAGGAGGAGAUUGCCAAGAUGCAGCGCAAGAUCGGUGGGCAGGUCAACAAGGUCGCCAUCUCGCAGCUCAUGGGCCAGAACAGGAAGCGGGUGAACAUUGGAGGCGACAACGUUGACGAGAUGGACAUGUGA